GGCAAUGGACUUUUGUCUUUACAGAGACUUUUAAAUCAAUUUGAAAUGUGAUUUUAUUUUGUGAUUUUGCUGUUUUUAACUUUUUGUUACAGUAUCAGUAGCCAUGGAGUUGCUAGGGUCCCUGACAUUAACAACCAGGCUUUGCAUAAUGGGCAGAGCAGUUUACAAGAGAGACCUGUGUAUAAAAAAAGAAACAUUUUGUUUGCAAAUGGAAUAUUUUAGUAACACCUGGCCUGUCUAUGCCCAGUUAUAUAUUGGGACUAUUUCCAGUAACCCCCACCCAAUGCAGCGCUAGCCCGCCUCAGGGGAGGAUAUGAAAUAAGUUCGUUUUCAUGAUUAAAAAGAAACCUUAAGGUUUAUCUGUGACACAGUUUCUUGUUUUUCUAGUUGCCGGGGUCAGAGUCCCUCGUACAAAAUAUCAUUAUGGAGCGAGGAAAGGUAAAGAGAAAAUGCAGUUUUGGAGCAAUGGCCACUGGUGUGAUCCGGAACGUAUCCGAGUUCAAGUUCCCGCCACCUUUCCACAUCCCCUUUCUACACCCGCCGCUGCAAGAUCACAUGGACUUUCAGGAAUCCUCUGAGGAGGAGGAGGAGGAGGAAGAAGAAGAGUUGUUACUGGAGGACGAGGAGAUGGAGGAUGAGGUGGAAGAGUUGAACCUGGGGACCCCCAUGCCGAGCAUCAACACCAGCACCCAACGAGCCCGGGACCUCAAUACGGAAAUGACACUGCAGCUAUUGAAGUUUUCCGAGCUCAUAAGCUCCGACAUCCAACGAUACUUCGGCCCAAAGACGAAGGAAGAAGACCCAGAUUCGUGCAACAUUUAUGAGGACCACUGUGCCCCCCAGCUCUCUGGGCAGGAGGAGUACUACCGAGACCUCUUAAAGAUGGCACAGGAUGCAAAUUACGACAGGGAGGAUUUAUUUAACCCCCUCACUCCUCCAGGAGACAUUGACCAGAAUAUGUUAAAGUCCAUUUGCACCAAAGAAGAUCCUAAAAAACUAGGACCCCUGAUGGAGUUGUUUGACUUUGGCCUCCGCAAGUUCACCAGGAAGAAGGUAGCAGGGGGCAGAGAGGGCCGGCAGCAAAGACUAUGUAGGAAAUACGCUCAUAUAGUCCCCAUGACCAGGAGAAUCCUGCCCAUGUCCUUCUGGGAGGAGCCUACGCCCGCUCCAGCCUGUAUACUGAACACUAACACCCCCGACUUUAGUGACCUCCUGGAGAACUGGAGCUCCGACGCACACAGCGAACUGCACGGAACCACCAGGGACCUGAUCAGUGAGUUCAGCAGAUGAACUAGAACAUUCUCUUUCAGACCAAUCAGCUGUGGCGGUUCCUCUGGAAAUGAACUUGUAGUGAAUGGUAUAAGAAUAUUUGCAAGUGGUCUCCUGUUAGCUGGUCGCUAGGAUCCAGCUUACCCUAGCAACCAGGCCAUGCUAUGGAAACUAGUGAUGAGCGAAUCUGUCAUUUUGCUUCGCCAUAAAC